CUAACAAUCGCUCCGGAUAUAAAACGUGCUUUGAGUUUCGUUUUUCGAGUGUAGACGUUCAUACAUUUUAGAUUUCAUUUGUCUUCUUAGGCUAAAUUAGCCUACUCUUUAUGAACAGUCCUCGAGUCAAUUUGUCAUGUCUUCCUUGAUUUCUCGAUUGGGUCUCGAGAGAGAGAGAAAUAUGCAGAAACUGUUUCCAGAACCUGUCAGUCUCUGUCUGUUGUACAAGGCCGAGCCACCAUGGAUUCACGAUUUAUGCAUUACGUGACAAAUCUGAAAACCAAGGAAGGUUUGUACUUACCGUGUAUUUGGAAACAGGUGCUGUCCGGGGAGGUUAUAUCAGCAAACAUCUUGCAAGACAAACUUGUGCUGAUCCUAAAGUUUUGUAUUCUCUGUGGAUGAAAAAAGUGCAACCUCAUUUCCAGUCCAAGAUCACAGCAAAGCUUUCCUUUACGAUGGGCAAAAAGUUGCAUUUGGAGACUGCCUGCAGUUGCUGUCUGAGAAUAAAAAAAUGUACGUUGUAUCGAAGCCUGACGACAUUUACGGCAUUUUCUGGGCCGAGGAAACGGCAGAAUGUUUGGAUGUGGAGGUGCAUCGCGUACAAGAUGUUGGCGAUGUACUGCUCAACCCAUGGAUGGAGGUCACAUGGACAGAAAACCAUAAAGAAGAACUGAGGCAGAAUCUGGUUUCCUUCAAACCGACAAGUGAAGUGUUGUCCAAGGCGCGGGUUCUACUGUUGGGUCCAGUGGGUUCAGGGAAAUCCAGCUUUAUCAACUCCAUCAGAUCUGUGAUGUACAGACACGUUUCCUUGAUGCCUUAUGUUGGCACAAUGCAAGAUGGCUUCACCAAGAAGCUGAAGUCCUAUGAAAUCCAGGCGGAGAAAGGCGGACCGCCCACACCGCUCACUCUCUGUGAUGUCCUGGCGCUUGGAGAGAGUGAGGAGACUGGUCUGACCCUGCAUGACACCCUGGAAGUUAUUAAAGGACAUGUACCUGAGGGACACAAGUUUCAAAGUAACGCACCCAUCAACCCUGCCACAGCUGGCUACCAACUAGCACCUGCAUUGAAAGACAGAAUCCACUGUGUUGCGUUUGUUCUGGAUGCAGGCGAAGUGCACUUGUACAGCAAAAGUCUGCAAGACAAACUAAAGGAGCUGAGAUGGGAAUUAUCAGACAUGGACAUCCCACAUGUGAUCCUUCUGACCAAGGUGGACCAGGUUUGCAAGGCAGUCGAAGCUGAUGUGCAGUAUGUCUACAGGAGUCGCAUUGUUAAGGAGAGGAUGCACAAGGCUGCGGAGCUGAUGGGCUUGCCAGUGUCCUUUGUGCUGCCGGUAAAGAACUACUCAAGUGGACGUUCAGUGGACUGUAACACUGACAUCCUCCUGCUGAGUGCACUUAAUUGUAUUCUGUGCUCCAUUGAUGAUUGACUUGAGGAUUACACACCCUCUCCCCAAGAAAUAGAACAACACAGACAAACUUUUUGAGUUGACAUUUUGACAUGGAUCAAUUGUUUGUAAUUGACAGUCUUAUUUCCUUACAUAGAUAGUAUUGUAUCUAACAAAAGAAACCAUUGUAAAAUUGCUCCACAGCUACAGGAAAAAUGCAAUGCAGCUAGAGAGAAACCAGUUCCCCUUACUGUAGUGAAAUGGCAACUGUGAUCUGCAGGAGUAAACGAAUAUGCAUGUGCCCUUUCCCAGUCUUUCUGGUCCAGUGCUGUUGGUACUUGGCCCACUGGAGUUUUCUUCAUGUUAUCUGCAAUAACUACACCGGCUAUUUUUGCCAGUCAGUGGGCUGUUGCAUUUCUGCUGCCGUUUAUUAAUUAUCUCAUUACUGCGAUUGGCUUCAAUAUCAAAAAUAAUUUCUGCACUAAUAAUAUCGAUACUUUUUUGAUAACUUCUUAUUUACAUAGCCAGAAAUAUCAGACCAGAACCGUUAGGGGAACAAUGCGCUAUCGUUUCACUUUUAAACUUACAGAAACUACAUAGUGAGUCAACAUCAUUGUGGUAUUUGGCUAUAGAGCUCUUUACAGGAUAACGUCUAUAUAUAAUUUUAUAGGACACCUCCUUCACUUUAUUUGUUAACUGGUGUUUAUUACUUAAAGACUGUACUGUUUCCCAUUGCACAGAAGAAAAUACUGAGGCCAAAAUAUUAGACACAAGCUGGAACUGUUACUAAAUUCUUUAAAAAUAUUGUUCUUAUGCAUUUAUCAUCAGUAGUAUAAUUUAAUAAACAGUUUCCAGUUUCCAGUUUCGUUUGUCGUCAAAAACAGUUGCAUGCUCUUUUGAAAUAACAGGGAUUGAAAAUUCUCAAGUAUGGAAAUAAUUGCCCACUAUCAUUAAAAAGCUGACUGAUAACAAACUAUUAAAAUCAGAAUUAAAGACUUGA